GUUAUAUAUAUUAUACCAAUUAUUUGAUGGCCGGCAGCACCCAACCUACCACACUUUCAUUAUUCUACUCAUAAUAUACGCGCGCGCACAAUCUUCCAUGGCAAUAGCAGUGAUCAAUAAAGUUUCAAUGUUGGCGGAAAAUCAGCCAUAGUCUUUAUACGAGUCUUUUUAUCUUCUACUUUCUGGCCCACCCAUUCUCGAUGGAACUUUAACAAUAGUUGGGCUGCUCUUUCUCUCCUUUCCCUUAGCUGUGAGAGAUAAAAUCUCUUUGAUUCUGUUCACGGCACCAAAAAAAAAUCAUGUACCAUUCUUAUCUUAGAAUCAUCAGCACCGUGUAUGUCGUCCACCAUCUUUUAUUUACCGGAGCCGGUGACUGGCCUGUCUCUGUCCAAUAUUACCCAACAGAUGACAUCGCCAUUAACUGCGGUUCCACUGGUAAUUUGUCUGCUUUUGAUGGCCGGGAAUGGAUCGGAGAUAUGGGUUCGAAAUUUAUUUCACAAGAGGAAGCAAAAGGGAAAUCAGUAAGCUCAUCAACUACUGUCCACCAAUCACUUUUUGCGGAUCCUGUUCCCUACAUGACCGCUCGUAUCUCUCGAGCUCAAUUCAAAUACACAUUUCAACUCAGUCCUGGUCAAAAAUUCAUUCGCCUGCACUUCUUUCCAGCUUUAUACUCUGGUUUUGAAAGAUCCAAGGCCCUUUUCACUGUUAAAGCAGGUCCGUACACCCUCCUUAGCAACUUUAGUGCUUCCCUUACUGCUGAUGUUUUGGGUGUAAGACAUUUUGCAAAAGAAUUUUGUGUCAACAUUGAAAAAAAUGAAGUAUUCAGCAUAGUAUUCUCUCCAUCUAAAAGUAGUGCAAGUGAUGAUGUUUAUGCUUUUGUCAACGGAAUUGAGAUCGUUUCCAUGCCCGCUGGUCUUUAUUACACGCUGGAUGGUGAUUUUGGCCCUCAUGUGGUUGGCAACAAGUUUUUUCCAUACAGUAUUGAUAACGGCACUGCACUAGAGACAGUUUACCGCUUAAAUGUUGGAGGGAGAUCCAUUCUGCCGGUAGAAGAUUUGGGCAUGUUUCGUAUGUGGUUUGAUGACAAGAAUUACUUGUUACAAUCAAGUCUUUUACGAGUUAGUACCCGCAAUAUGAUCACAUACACAAACAUACCCACAUAUGCCGCGCCGAAUAAAGUUUAUCAAACAACUUGGUCAAUAAUUUCGAAUCAACCAACGAACCAAGUUUACAACUUAUCAUGGAAAUUACCAAUUGAUUUGGGAUUCAGAUAUCUGGUUAGGCUCCAUUUUUGUGAGCUUGAACCCAUGAUUACUAGCAGCGAAAAACAGUUUGAUCUUAUGAUAAACAACAAGAUCGUUGAGACUGAUGCAAAUGUGAUCAAAUGGAGUGGUGGAAAUGGGGUUGCAGUGUACAAGGACUAUGUGGCCACGAUGGAAGGAGACCGGAUGGAGGGUAGGCGUGAUCUAAUCAUAGCUUUGCUGCUCAAGUAUGAGUCAAACACCAGAAACAUUGAUGCAAUCCUAAAAGGUGUAGAAGUAUUUAAGUUGAGCAAUCUUGACAAUAAUCUUGCAGGCGUAAAUCCUGUUUUCACAUCACAUGUUCCGAAAUCAGGGACUCCAACACUCCGAAAAAUAGUUUUAGCUUUUGGCAGUAUAAAUUCAACUGCAACAGCUAUAAUUCUUGCACUCACUCUAUUGAAUUUCAUUGUUUACCAUUUAAAUCGUCUGGAAUCAAACUCUAGCAAAAUAAACAUCUUAUCAUCAUUGGAUGAGGAGGAGUUGCACAGACGCUUCUCAGUUGUUGAGAUCCUGUUGGCCACCAACAACUUUGAUGUUGAACGAGUCAUUGGUAGAGGUGGAUUUGGUAAUGUGUACAAAGGGUUCAUUGACCGGACCAGGUGUGUUGCUAUAAAGCGGUUGAAUUCGCAAUCCAAGCAAGGGGCUCAAGAGUUUUGGGCUGAGAUCGACACCCUUUCCAAGCUUCGACACGAUCAUCUCGUCCCUUUGAUUGGCUAUUGUGAUGAUUGUCAGGAGAUGAUCCUGGUCUAUGAGUACAUGGCCAAUGGGACCCUUGCUGACCAUCUUCACAAAGGGAGUAGAAAUGGCCGUGAUAACUCUACUCUUUCUUGGGAACAACGACUCAAUAUUUGUAUUGGUGCUGCACGUGGGUUGGACUUCCUCCAUACGGGUAGAGGUGCCCACAAAGGAAUCAUACAUCGUGAUGUGAAGAGCUCAAACAUUCUGUUGGAUGAAAAUUGGGUUGCUAAGAUUUCUGAUUUUGGGUUGUCGAAAAUGGAUACUGGAACCGUAUCGCGCACGCACAUUAGCACCAAUGUUAAAGGCACAUUCGGGUAUUUGGAUCCAGAAUAUUUCAUGGCUCAAAGACUAUCUAAGAAAUCAGACGUAUAUGCAUUUGGUGUGGUAUUGUUCGAAGCGUUGUGCGGGAGGAAGGCUGUGGAUUUAACACUCGAGGAGGAGCAGCAUAGUCUAUCAGUAUGGGUCCGGCAAUGCAUUCGAAAAGGAACAAUUGAUCUGCUCGUUGAUCCCAGUGUGAUGGAGCAAAUCUCACCUCAUUGUUUAAGAAGGUUUGUGGAAAUUGCCAACAAAUGCUUGCAUGAUCAACCAAAUGAAAGGCCUACAAUGGCAGAAAUAGUGGUGAGACUCCAUUCAAUUAUAUUGGAAUUGCAAGGGAGGGCCGACUCUUGCACAGAGCAAGAGGUUAUUGAUGUUGGUAGAGCUUCCGACGAGCGUGUUGAAUCGAGUAUUACAUUGGAAUUGCAAGGCAGGGCCGACUCUUACACAGAGCAGGAGGUAAUUGAUGCUGGUAGAGCUUCCAACGAGCAUGUUGAAUUGAGUAUUACAUCGGAGGAUUCUCCUCAUGUGGUUGUAAAAAAUGGAAGCAGGGUGUUGGAGAGUAUUUCACCUGGAACAAAGAAAAAUAUGAAAGUUGGGAAAAAGAAAGAUUUUGCUUUUAAUCACCGAUGGUGGUUGGGCUCACUUUGGCCGUUCCAUAGAUCUUCGAAGACCAAAGCUUAUCCACCGCUAGAAGUAUAUUGUGGUGUCUUUUCACUGAAAGAGAUUGGAGUAUUUAAGGUACCGUUUGCUGAAAUAGGCUAUGCAACAAAUAAUUUCAGCACCAAGGUGAUGAUUGGAGAGAAUAGGUAUGGGAAAAUCUAUAAAGGAACUCUUAGGAAUGGUAUGAAAGUUGCUGUCAUACGAAGUCUUCGAGGCCACCCUCAGGGAUUUUCAGAAUUCCAAACGGAGAUCAUGGUAUCGUCCAAAGUCCGCCAUUGCCAUCUUGUUUCCUUGAUCGGGUACUGUGAUGAAGGGUCUGAGAUGAUACUAGUUUAUGAAUUCAUGGAGAAAGGGAGUUUGAGAGAUCACCUAUACAACAAUAUUAAUGAUGACUUAGGAUCUGAAUUGCCCUGGAUUAGGAGGCUUGAAAUUUGCAUUGGUGCAGCCAAGGGUCUUGAUUACCUUCAUACUGGUGCAGAGGGGGCAAUUAUUCACGGUGACGUUAAGUCCACAAACAUCUUGCUUGAUGAAGAUUAUGUAGCUAAAGUUGCUGAUUUCAGUCUUUCCCGUUAUGCUCCUCUUGAUCAAACACAUGUCAGCACCAUUGUAAAAGGCGCCUUUGGUUAUCUUGAUCCCGAAUAUUAUAUAAGUCAACAGUUGACACCGAAAUCGGAUGUGUAUUCCUUUGGGGUGGUUCUUCUUGAAGUGCUUUGUGCAAGGCCAGCCAUUAAUAACUCGUUAACACGGGAUCAGGUAAACUUGGCCCAAUGGGGGAUGUCUUGGCAAAUGAAGGGGCAGCUUGAAAAAAUCAUUGAUCCAAAGCUUGUCGGUAAAAUCAAUCCCAACUCAUUGAAAAAAUUUGGUGAAACAGCAGAGAAGUGCUUGAAAGACUAUGGUGCUUACAGGCCCACUAUGGAUGUAGUAUUGUGGGAUUUAGAAUAUGCACUGCAGCUUCAACAAACUGCAACAUUCGGAGAGCCCCACGAGGACAGCACAAUAGAUGAUGCUUCAGGGGUGUUGCCAUUUCCUCUUUUCCAGCGGUUUCCUUCUCAAAGCAGCAUCACAAGUGAAGAAUCCACAAAUGGCAGUGAAGUGUUCUCACAAUUGAAUAUUGAUGAUGAUGCCAAAUAAUCUGAUGGUUUGAGAGAAGUUUGUCUUGAAGAGAUAGAUAUAUAUAUAGAAGAGAUGCAGGAAGUCUGUCCAUGCUGCACAACUCUCUUGUGGCAGUUAGAGUGAAGCCAGGCGAGAGCAUCGUCGGCUGAUCAGUAUCUGCUGCAUUCACCAUUCUAAAUUCAAUAAUGGCCAUCGUCGGCUGCUGUUAGGUGUUGCGAUUGCUUUCGCUACAAUUAAUUUGGUAUCAUAUAAGUUUGUGUAUCUGAAACUUGUUUACACAUAGCAUAUGUAUUAAUGGUUUCCUGCAUUUUGAAUUAUAUUUGAUGUGAGACAAUUUAAACAUACUUUCAUCGUUUCCUAA